UUUUUUAUAAAAAAAGAAAAAUACUGUUACAAAUUAAAUAGAUUAAAUAAUGGCGUCUUAUAAAAAUAUGUUUGGAUUAUGGUCGAAUGAUUCGAAACUUGACGAAAAACUUGGACUUACGGAAGGACAAAAAAAACUUGUACAAAAUACUUGGGCUAUUAUAAAGAAAGAUCAAGUUGCAUCCGGUGUUGCUGUUAUGUUGGCUUAUUUUAAGAAACAUCCGGAAUAUCAGCAAAGUUUUAAACCAUUCAAAGAUAUGCCAAUAGAUGAAUUACCUGGUAAUAAAAGAUUUCAAGCUCAUUGCGCAGGUAUAAUAGCUACCGUAAGUACCGUAAUAGAUUCUUUGCAAGAUUUUGAUCUAUUGGUAGCAAACAUAGAAAUUUUUACCGAAAGACACAGGAAACGUGGUCAAAAACAAAAGGAUUUUGAGGAUUUAAAACCGGUAAUGGCGGAAGUUAUUCGAGAAGCUAUUGGAGACGAGUACACACCAGAAGUGGAGGAAGCAUGGUCUAAAACAUUGGACGUUUUCUUUGCAACAGUAUACGCUAAUUUGUCUUAAAAAAGAAUUAUUUUCUUUUGAAAUAACACAUUCCUUGCAUGCAUUUUAUGAAAAUAACAAA